AUGUGCAGCCAGCUGCCCCAUCGCCCCAUCGCCUCACCACCCCACCACCCCACCACCCCACCCCCCAAUGCCUCACCCGGCGGUUGUUCAGGCCAGCUCGCCUCGCCCUUCGACAUGAGUACAGACCAAGUCGGUCUAGGCGAGCUGAUACAGCGCCGGGUACCGGCAGUUGCAGUUGACUUGGACAGUUGCUAUGCGACCCCUCCUGCCAAUCGCCAGACCAGUCGACAUUUACUCGCUCUCUUGCCCACGCCUAACACUUCUCAAGCCUCCUACUCCUCUCCACACCCCUCUACACCCCUCCACACCCCUCCACACCGCCCAACACGCAUCCACAUCCUUCAUCACUCCCCCACUCUAUUACACUACACUACACUUUACUGGACUACACCAAAAUGCUGUACUAUACUAUAUUAUAUAAUGCAAUUCAAUACAGUACAGUACAAUACAAGGAAACAUAAUGCAAUUCAAUACUAUACUAUAAUAUACUUUAUUAACCACACUAAACUAUACUAA